GGGGCGGGGUGUUAAAAUCAAUUCUUCCAGCGGAAAGACCCGUGAGGCUCACUAACGCCCCUGAUGGGCUCCCACUCGCUGACCCAGGCGGCAAGCCGUCGGCGGCGCUGCGGGUGGCUGCUCCCGCUUGUCGUUGGUGUUGCUUUUCUCGGCGAGAUCGCGUUCCUCGGUCGCCUCGACAUGUCGAAGAACGCUGAGGCGGUCGAGAGCUGGACCACCUCCUUCCACCGCCUCUCUUCAACCUGGGGCGCGGAUGCGCCUCCGGGUAGCGGGGACGACGACGAAGAGUGCGAGGAGCGGCUUGAGAGGGACGACGCCGUGCCUUAUGACCGCGAUUUUGAAAGGCAUCCUGUACUUGUCGGCGGUGCUGCUAAGGAUUGGAAUAGAUGUUCUGUAGGAUGUGAAUUUGGGUUUCCAGCUAGUAAGACGCCUGAUGCUACUUUCGGAAUCGCUCCAGAUCCUUCCGUAGAGAGUAUCCUCAGAUCAAUGGAAUCGUCUCAAUAUUAUUCCGAGAACAAUAUUAAUGCGGCUCGAGGAAGAGGGUACCAAAUUGUGAUGACAACCAGCCUUUCCUCAGAUGUGCCAGUUGGCUACUUUUCAUGGGCUGAAUAUGAUAUCAUGGCACCUGUGCCUCCAAAGACUGAAGAGGCCCUAGCUGCAGCCUUUAUUUCCAACUGCGGUGCACGAAACUUCCGUUUGCAAGCCCUUGAGAUGCUUGAAAGCUUAGAUGUAAAAAUUGAUUCUUAUGGUAGCUGUCAUCGUAAUCGUGAUGGCAAAGUGGACAAAGUGGAGACUCUAAAGGGCUACAAAUUCAGCUUGGCUUUUGAGAAUUCUAAUGAGGAAGAUUAUGUUACAGAAAAGUUCUUUCAGUCACUGGUAACAGGGGCCAUUCCAGUUGUCGUUGGCGCACCGAAUAUUCAAGAGUUUUCUCCAGGAGAAGAUGCAAUAUUACACAUCAAGGAGCUUGAUGAUGUCAUUUCAGUUGCGAAGACAAUGAAACAUAUUGCAUCAAAUCCUGAUGCUUUUAAUCAAUCUUUGAGGUGGAAGUAUGAUGGUCCAUCUGAUUCUUUCAAGGCACUUAUUGACAUGGCAGCGGUUCAUUCAUCCUGUCGCCUUUGUAUACAUAUCGCUACGAAGAUUCAUGAAAAAGAAGAAAAAACUCCAAAAUUUAUGAAUCGCUCGUGUAGUUGCUCCAGCAAAAGAGGAACAGUAUACCACUUAUUUGUCAGAGAGAGAGGGCGGUUUAAGACAGAGAACAUUUAUCUAAGAUCAGAUCAGUUAACUUUAGGAGCUUUGAAGUCUGCUGUGCACGAUAAAUUUAGCUCCCUCAAGCAUGUUCCUAUAUGGAAGGAUGAAAGGCCAUCAAGUAUUCGAGGUGGGGAUGAAUUGAAGGUGUACAAAAUUUAUCCAAUAGGUCUUACAGAACGACAAGCGUUAUAUAAAUUUCAAUUCAGUGACGAUGCUGAAGUUGCUAGAUAUAUUAAGGGCCAUCCAUGUGCAAAGCUUGAGGUGAUUUUUGUAUAACUACAAUAUUGCCAUCUUCACGUCUUUUUGCAACUGCGAACUAGUUCUGCAUGUACUGUAACAGAUUCCUGUUUAUGUAACGUCAACCUUAAUGCAAAAUCACAACUUUGUAGGCUUUA